UUACAUGGAUGGGGUGAGGGUAGCAUGCAAGCACAAAAAAUGUUUAGUUUAGUCGAUUUCCUGCAUGGCUUCAGACGCGUAUUGCCACAAGUUGAAAGAAGACUUCUACAGGUAGCAGGACUUGAUGGACCCUUGGCACCAGCACCAGCACUAGCACUGAAUGGUCCCGGCUUCUUGCCUCAGCACCAAUUUGAUGAAGAGUAUCCCGAGGGGGAGCAGCAGAGUCCAGAGCAGCCCUCUGGCAUGCUGGAUGGCAUCCUGUGGAUGGCAGCACCCAAGAACAGACGCACUAUAGAGGUCAACCGCACCAGGAGGAGAUCGCAGAACAAGCUCCUCAAAGUAAAGACCAACAUUGAGCCAUGCCCAGAGUGUGGCCACUUGAAGCAGAAACACAUCCUGUGUGGCUUCUGUUUUGAGAAGGUGCAAAGGGAAACUGCUAUAAUCCGAGUGCAGAUGAAAGCUAUGGAGAGCGGUCCGCUGAGGGCCCCUGCCACAGAGACUGUAGUUCUGUAUGAGGGUGAGACGCCAAGUGAACAUGACAAAGACAAGAGGAUAGUGGAGAGGGCCAGGAAGCGGCCUAAGUGGUUCAGCUAGUGCUGAGUUCUUAUUACAUCUGUAUAUUGUACCACUUUUAGUUUGAUCCAGACCUGGUUAAAUAUAGAUUCUGAAAUGGUUUCAAGUAUAUUUGGGCUACCCCUGGAAUUCUUGUAUUAUCUUGCAAGAUAUUCAUCUCUCUUGCGUUGACAUAGCACAUGCUUUAUAAGGCAAAACAAAACCCCCUCCUGAAUUUAUCAUAUAUUAUAACAUCAUUUUUUGCCCUGUCUGUUAGCUUGCCUUCCAAAAACCACUGAAACUGUCACAGUUGCUUUCAGAGCAUAACGUUUUAAUGUUGGUUGCAUGGACCUACCCAGUAUGUUGUUUCGAAACUUGAUAUCAAAUUAAACUAUGAUAGAUAUUUGUAUAAAAUUUUGAAAAUCAGACAAGAUAAAACUAUUACUGCUGGUACCACCCUGGUGGAAAAUGGGCAAGUCAGCACAGGUUGGCUUAUCUAUGUAAAAAUGCAAAACACAAAUUAAAUACUAUGCCAUGUCAUUGUUUAUGUGAAAAAAAAGAACUUUUAGGGCUCACAUCAUGACAACUUGACUGAAAUAAAUAAAAUGUUGAGUAUUAUUGGUUUAUUUUUUACAAUGUAAUGAUGGUUGAGACACUGAGGUAAAUCUAUACUAUUCACUGAUUAACAUUGUAUCUUUUUAUUUUGAAAAAUAAAAAAUUGAA